GAGGCGGCCAGACUUCGCCGCAAGUACCCCGACAUGAUUUUGAGCUCGCGCAUGGUGCGGCGCAAGAAACCGAUCCCGGGAAUCGGGAAAUGGAAACCCAAAUCCCGCUGGUGUUUGGCGGGGCACUCGGAUCCCGAUACCGCCGAGCUGGUUACCUUUGCUCCGACCCCAUCAAGUGAGGGGCUCAUGGCAUUCCUCCAGGUCAGCCUCAACCUGAGCCACACCUUCGCGUUCUGCGAUGUCAAGAAUGCGUUCUGCCAAAGUGACAAGUUGGUCAGAAAGGGUGGGCCGUUGUUUGCCCAGCCCUGUGAAGGGCUCCAUCUUGGCGACGAUGCGUUGAUCAUCAUUGACGUGCUCAUUGAAGUGGACGAUUUCAUCGUGACGGCCCUGCCGGAGCUCCAGAGCAAGCUUAAGGAGGCAUUCCAGGCCCGCUUCACUUUUGGGAAGUGGGAGGAGAAUGAAGCUGAGUACGCGGGCAGGAUGAUCAAGGUUCACCCGGGCUUCAUUCACAUCGACCAGGAGAAGUACCUGACCGAACAAGUGCGACCCGUGGCCCUCGCCAAGCACCGGAGGUCCUGCAAGCAGGACCCUUUGAACAGCGAGGAGUUUGAAGCCUUUCGCUCGGCGAUAUACAAGGUGAAUUGGGUGGCCAAGGAAACACGCCCUGAGGUCGCGGGCAUGGCAUCGAUCCUUGCCAGCAAGCUCAAGUCGGCUGUCAUUGAGGAUGUUUUGGUGCUGAACAAGAACAUCAACUUCCUGAGGAACACCGCGGCUCGCCCACUCACCAUCUGGAAGAUGGACGCCCGGGAGAUGGCAUUCGUUGUUGUCUCGGACGCAGGUGGGAUCGGGGCCAAGCAUGACACCACCGACGAGCUGGACCUCCCAGCAGACAGCACCCAAGGAGCCUGGAUGGUCUUCGCAGCAGAAGCCCUUCCCCUCGGGAACAUGAAGGUGAGAGCCAGCCCCCUGGCCUGGCGCAGUAGUAAGCUUCGACGAAAAGUCUUCUCCACCUUCGGCGGAGAGACCCAGGCGAUGCUCCAAGGCAUCUCGGAGGCGGACUGGCUUCAGAUCAUGGUGAGGGACGCCGUGCAGCACGACGUGGAGCUCAGACAGUGGAGGAACUCCUUGAGCCCGCACAUGGUUGUCAUGAAGGGUGAUCUUCAC